UGGGCUUUAUCUUGCAUUUGCUCACUACUGUAUCUGUUUAUUCUGCAGGUUACAUCACUUCAUCUUAUUUUAAAUGGCAAAAUCAUACGAGUUCAAGUGGCGAAGGUCUGUUCCUGUCUUCAUGCAAGAGGGGGAAUAUUUUGACCGAUUCGAGGAGGAUCCAUUUAUUUUUGAGGCAAACUGUUUCUUCAAAGUUGAUGCUUUUGGAUUUUUUCUCACAUGGGAAAGUGAUGGAAAGGAAGGUCAAGUUCUGGAAUGUUCACUAAUCAACAGAGUAUAUGAAGCAAAUCUACCCAAGGACCCAAAGAUAGUUUCAGCUCUGGAGGCGUCGAGCACAACCAGGCAGUGGACAGAUGGCUUACGAUCAUUGAUUCAUAACUCUCGUGCCAAUAAUGUUUGUAUGAUGACCUGUCUGAGAAAGCAUUGGAUGCGGUUGUCAUUUUUGACCAAUGUGAAUAGGAAAAUCCCUGUCAGGAGUAUCACAAGAACGUUUGCUUCAGGCAAAACUGAGAAAGUAAUUUUCCAGGUGCUCAAAGAUCUUGGUUUACCCAGUGGAAAGAAUGAUGAAAUUGAGCAGGAAAUCUUCACCUUUGAGAAUUUCUACAGCCUUACACAGAAGAUUUGUCCAAGAACCGACAUAGAAAAUCUCUUCAAGAAACUCAUGGGAGACAAAAGUGAUUAUUUAAGUGUAGAGCAUUUAGUGCACUUUCUGAAUGAAAGUCAACGAGAUCCACGUCUGAAUGAGAUUUUAUUCCCAUUCUGUGACUCGAAACGCGCUUUGCAGAUCAUUGAGCGACACGAACCCAAUGAGACAUUGAAAAGAAAAGGUCUGAUGUCCUUUGAUGGUUUCUGUCGGUAUCUGAUGUCGGAUGAAAACGCUCCUGUGUUUCUGGAUCGCCUGGAAGUUUACCAGGAGAUGGAUCAUCCUCUGUCUCAUUACUUCAUCAACUCAUCUCACAACACUUACCUGACCGGUCGACAGUUUGGCGGCAGAUCUUCAGUGGAGAUGUACAGACAGGUGCUGCUCUCUGGCUGCAGGUGUGUUGAAUUGGACUGUUGGGAUGGGAAAGGUGAAGAUCAAGAUCCGAUAAUCACACAUGGGAAGGCCAUGUGUACAGAUGUGCUUUUCAAGGACGUUAUUCAGGGAAUUAAGGAAACAGCCUUUGUUACAUCCAAGUUUCCUGUGAUUUUGUCUUUUGAGAACCACUGCACAAAACCUCAGCAGUAUAAACUGGCCCGAUACUGUGAGGAUAUUUUUGGAGAUUUGCUCCUAAAGCAACCGCUGGAUGACUUCCCGAUGGAGCCCGGUCGACCACUGCCGUCUCCCAAUGACCUCAGGGGAAAAAUUCUCAUUAAGAACAGACGAUUGAAGCCAGAGGUUGAAAAAAAGCAGCUGGAUCAUUGGAAGAAGCACAUGGAGGCUGGAGAGCCAAGCGUCUCCACAAACAUCUCUGAAGAUGAGACCGAGGAGGAGAUGUCUGCUGAGCUGUAUAAUGAAGCUCAUCCUGAGCGGAUACACGCAUGUUUGAUCAGCGAGGAAGACCGUCAAGAUGAAGAGCCGCAACCACACACAAAGGCCGGAGAAACAAACGUAGCAGAUGAACUUGCUUUGAUUCAGUCGUACACGUACGUCGCAGCAACCACAAAUAUCCACCCGUAUCUUUCCAAUAUAGUCAACUACGCCCAGGCGGUGAAAUUUUUAGGUUUUGGUGAAGCUGAGGAGAAAAAUAUCCACCACAACAUGUCUUCCUUCAAUGAAUCUGUCACUUUAGGGUAUUUAAGAACAAACGCCAUUGAAUUUGUGAACUACAACAAACGGCAGAUGAGUCGAAUCUACCCUAAAGGAGGACGAGUGGACUCGAGUAAUUAUAUACCUCAGAUAUUCUGGAACGCCGGCUGCCAGAUGGUUUCUCUGAACUUCCAGACCCCAGAUUUGGCCAUGCAGCUAAACCAGGGCAAGUUUGAAUACAACGGCUCAUGCGGGUAUCUUCUGAAGCCGGAUUUUAUGCGUCGACCGGAUCGCACCUUCGACCCGUUUUCAGAGACACCUGUGGAUGGGGUCAUCGCAGCCACCUGCAGUGUUCAGGUUAUAUCAGGUCAGUUUCUGUCUGAUAAGAAGAUCGGUACAUAUGUUGAAGUGGACAUGUACGGACUGCCCACAGACACCAUACGGAAAGAGUUUCGCACGAGAAUGGUGAUGAACAACGGUCUAAACCCGGUGUAUGACGCAGAACCCUUCGUCUUCAGAAAGGUAAUCCUCCCAGACCUCGCUGUCCUCAGAGUGGCUGUGUACGAUGAUAACGGUAAACUGAUCGGCCAGAGAAUUCUGCCGCUGGACGGGUUGCAGUCGGGUUACAGACACAUCUCUCUGAGGAAUGAAUAUAACAAACCUCUGUCUCUGGCCACGGUCUUCUGCAACAUCAUCCUCAAAACAUACGUGCCUGACGGUUUCGGAGCUAUCGUAGAUGCUCUGUCGGAUCCCAGAAAGUACUUAUCCAUCUGUGAGAAGAGAACCGACCAAAUGAAAGCCAUGGGCAUCGAAACAUCAGAUAUCGCUGAUGUGCCGAAUGACAGCUGUAUGAGAAGUAACAAACGGACCGCGAUGUUGCCACAGAAAGAGAGGCAGAAAUCUGAACGCAACCAAAGUACUGUCAACUGUUACAAAGAGGACACAUCAAUGCUGACACCACGACUGACCAUCGAUGAUUUAAAGCAGUCAAAGAGCUACUUAAAAUUAGUCAAGAAGCAGCAGAAGGAGGCAAACGCUUUGAAGAAGAAGCAGAUGAAGGCACACGCCGCACUGCAGAGUUCACACAGCGCUCAGGUGGACAGGAUUGAUGCUCAACAUGCUAAAGAGAAACAAACUCUGGAGAAACAACUUUUCAAAAGCAUCAAGAAAUCCAAUGAGAGUCACAGCCAUGAAAUGAGAACAGACAUUGAAAUGCAAAUCAAGACUUUAAUCACAAAUCACAAAACAAAGGUAAAGGACGUGGUCAGCGUUCACGCGCUCGAGAUGACAGAUUUGAUCGGACGUCACUCGAGCGAAGAGCAGAAACGGAAAGAGCAACAAAUCCUUCAACGGUGUGAAGAACUUCACAGGCUGAUGCUGGAGGAACAAGAGGAACAAACCCGUCGACUUUCUGCUCUCCAUGAAAGGGAGUGUAAGGAGAUGAGAAGAAAACAAGCCAAGAUCUCAAUGGAGAGCAGUCGAGCCAUCAGUCAUGACAGAAGUAUUAAGAUCAAAGCUGAACGAGAGCGACGGGUUCGAGAGCUAAACAGCACUAACACCAGAAAGUUUCUUACAGAACGAAAGAAGCUCGCAUUGAAACAGUUAAAGGAGAGCAAGCGACUUCAGGAAGAUCAACAAGAACAACGUGAGAAACUCGAGAAACACAAUCAGGAGCUGUUGAACGCAUGUUAUGGAAAAUCAUCAUGGCCAGGCCAAACAGACACGAUGCAUGAAGAGAAGAAAGAACGUGACGCUGACCAAUCAGAUGAGAGCUUUUCAUCAGGUCACUGAGAUAACCCAGACUGUUACUGAUGCUCAGAAAGCACUGAAACCACUGUAGUUAUUACUGUUGUUUUAAUGGCUGUUACAUGAAGGUCUAUGUUUGUAAUGAGUUUGGUAUUUAUAUACUUACUGUAAACAUAUUACAGCACAAAUGUUUAAUGGCUUGUUAAAACUCAUGUAAAAUA